GAUAUGGCGGCUCCUUCCAGCAUCCAAACGCUGAUGCCUGCUGCUGAUGCAGGCGCCGGAUCAGGGAGACAAAUAGAGAAACAGCCCUGGACGUUGCAGCCUGCAGAUGGCGCAGGUGAUGGUGGACCAGAGGAGCCACCGCAUGUCCUGGACUUGGCAGGCUUCCACCCGCUGAACCCUACGACGUCGCAGCCUGCAGAUGGUGCAGGUGUUGGUGGAUCAGAGGAGCCACCGCAUGCCCUGGACGUGGCACGCUUCCGCCGGCUGAACUCGCUCAUCCACUGUGAGAACGUGGCCGUGGACAAACUCCUGCAUCUAGUGAGGCAGGAUUACCACGUGAACCUCAUGCUCGACCCCUUGCUCAGCUUUGUCAUCGCCUACAAGAAGCCCAAGCUCAUCAACAAAGUAUCAGAUGCCAUGCUCACGGCCACCAACUACGACGGCGCCACAGCGCUUCACGUAGCUGCCGCCAUGGACGACAAAGAAGUGGCCUUGAAGCUGAUCGGCAGGGUGCCAGAUCUCGUUCAUAUGCCGAACGUGAAACAGGAGAUACCGCUACAUAAGGCGGCCCUGUACGGGCUGCAGGACAUGUUCUGGCUGCUGGUGGAAAAGAACAGCUCACCGGAAGCCCGGAGGGAGGACGGCGCCACCAUGCUGCACUGUGCCAUCAUGGGCAACGCGCCGGGUGAGUGAGUCGAUGCGGGGCUUGCACUGGAGAUUGCAGAGCGUUUUCCAUUGCUGAUCACAUCUCGGAAUACUACGGCGGUGACCCCGUUGCAGCUGAUGGUGACCGUUCCGGGGUUAUUCCGAAGCCAAAUGGUACUUGGCGGCUUCGAGUCCAUCCUCCAUUACUUUAUUCCUUUGGAGAAGGACUCACACAGGACUCGUCGAAGAGAUGAAGAGGAGGCAGGUGGAAGCUCCAACGAUGCCGGUCAAGCUGAAGCCACAGAGCAAGAUGACCACGAAUAUUUCGGGAGGCAUAGAACAAUUCGUUCAAGAUUUCCAACUUGCCGCUGUACUCUCGUUAACAUAUUAGUCAUCCCAGGCACUCCUACUAGCUUCUCUGUCUACAAUUUUUGUAGUCAUCCAUGUUCUGUUUCAUUACGCUGAUGUUUUCCGUUUUGUCCUUGCAGUCAAACGGGUUCGUCUGUUUCUCUUCAUCAUUUUAAAGACCUUGUACCCUCGAACCCGACAUCUGGAGAAGAUUAAGAGAACCCAUAGAAAAGCCUUGGAACUCAUCGAAUUUUUAGCCCGCGACCCGAGAAACAUGGAGUUCUACGUGCUGGGAAGAAAACAAGGUGACGGCGGAGCUCCUGCAGCAGGCUUUCGAGAAAGAGGUGCGCGACAAGAUCAACUUAACGCACCGGCUGCGUCUACCAGAAGAUGGAAUGAGCCACCCUUGAUCUUGGGUGCACAAAUGGGCAUUCCCGAGUUCGUCAGUACGAUCUUACGAAUGUGUCCGCAGGCAGCUGCGUACCUGGACACCCGUGGCCGAAGCGUUCUCCAAGUAGCAAUAGAGCAUGGUAACCGAGAGAUUGUGAGAACUAUACGUGAGAUGACUCAGGGGAAGAAUCCCAUACUACCAUUCUGGCUACUGUCCCGCGUCGACAAAAGGACCGGAAGAACUAUCCUGCACUUGGCUUCGGCAAAUGCCCCCGAGCAUAACCAAGAUGCUCUACAAUUGCAAGAUGAAUUAAGAUGGUUUGAGACGGUGAGAGAUAUGGUUCCUAAGGAAUUAGUGUAGAGUCGAAACGCGCAAGAGAUGACCGCAGAAGAGAUGUUUACUCUUGAGUCACCAAGCUUUGCUCAAGAAUUGCAAGGUUCAACUAAUGGAAACGGGCAGGAUGUGUUCAGGGCUGGUCGCAGCUGUAGUGUUCGCGUCGAGCUUCUCAGUCCCCGGCGAUAAGGACCCAGCCACCGGCAACUCCGUUUACUACGGUAGGGGCUUUUACGGUCUUCUCACACACGUACGUGUUUGGGCUUUCAUGCGCCGCGACAUCUCUGGUGUUGUUCUUAUCCCUCGCCAUGUCACCUUACAAGGAACAGCAGUUCCGUCGUAUCAUCCCAAUCAAAUACUUCUUUGCCCGCUCGUCGUUUGGGUUGGCGAUGUUGUAUUUUCUGGUGGCGUUCACCUGCAACAUCUACCUACAGUUAUUUGGCUGGCAGAAGACGAAGUCGAAGGACUCGAUUCCAUUCGUAUUGGAGCUCACCGUCUUCCCUGUCUUCUGUUUCCUAGUGUUGUUUCUUUCGUGGCUUCACCUUCGAUCUAUCUUUCCUUUUUCGUUCUUGGCGUUGAGUCAACAAGCAUGAUCGUCCACAUCUUUGGAAUCUGCAGCUUCACGAUGUGCGUGGGUUAUACCUAUUACGGUAUGCCACCUGUACUAGGGGUAUGUGGCGGUAGUUGUCAUUGGACAGUUAAAUAUCUUGUGUGUACAAGCAGCGACAAAGGCAUGUGGUGUAUGGACGCUAUUUGAUUGCAACUUUAAUGUGGUUUUUUAUCUUC